AUGAGUGGUGUGAGCCAAAAUGAGUGGAAGGACAUGAAAGGGGUACAGCUGCGCCCGGCCACGCUCUCCUACCUGUCGGAGUGUGCCGGGUUUCAGUGCAUGGCACCCGUGCAGGCGCAGACCAUCCCUCUCCUGCUGCGCAACUACGACGUCGUGGUGGAGGCGAUCACGGGAAGUGGAAAGACGCUGGCGUACUUGUUGCCGUGUCUCGAAAUGUUGCAGAGUGAACGCGUGGUUGAGGUCUGCAGACAGCAUAAAAAUGCCGUCGUGUCCAUCGUCGUGCUGCCGUCGCGCGAGCUGGCCCAGCAGGUCUAUUCGCUCGCGAAGAAAAUGCUCCAUUUCGUCUCACACGUUUAUGCAGGCGGAAACGCCGGUCUUCCAAAGUACUCGUGUCAGUGCUACAUUGGUGGCCGCGAUAUUGCGGUGGAUGUCAAGUUGUUCAAUAAAACAGGGGGCCAUGUUUUGAUUGGCACACCGGGGCGACUCUACGAGCUGCUGGUGUCCUCAAAAUACACGAGUCUCUUUAACUUUGCCGGAUUUGAGCUGCUUAUUCUCGACGAGGCGGACAAGCUACUUGAGUUCGGCUUUAAGGCGAAGCUGGACGCCAUACUCAAGCGGCUCCCGAAGCAGCGACGCACCGGACUUUUCAGUGCCACGCAGACGAAGGAGCUGGCGGAGCUGGCUCGCGCGGGGAUGCGAAAUCCGGUUUCCGUUACGGUGCGAGUGAGCUCCCUCAACUCCGUCAGCAUGAACGAGGCGAAGCCGCAGAUUCCAGAGUUGCUCUGCAACUACUACACCUUUACACGGGCGUCGGAAAAGCUUGACCGUCUGAUCUCAUUUCUGCAGGAGCGCCGUGAGCAAAAAAUUAUUGUUUACGUGAUGACGUGCGCCAGCGUGGACUGGCUCUACGCGGCUCUUGUUGACGUGCUACUCCCGGGAGACGCGGGAAACAUUUUCGCUCUGCAUGGACAGAUGAAGCUUGAGAAGCGACAACGCGUGCACAGGGCUGUGACGCGGGCAACGCGUUGCGUUCUCGUCUGCACAGACGUGGCGGCACGAGGGCUAGAUAUUCCCGAGGUCGGCGUCGUACUGCAGUACGAUCCUCCCGUUGACCCGUCAACGUUUAUUCACCGCAUCGGUCGUACGGCUCGCAUGGGCCGCCAGGGGGAGAGCCUUGUCUUUUUGAUGCCGCAAGAGUUGGAGUAUGUCGCUUUUAUGAAGCUGCAGAAUGUGUCCCUGCAGCCGUACGAUGAAGAGAAGGAUAGCAUAGAGGCUGCGCUGGGCGUUGUGGGUCAAAUGAACGCCAAGCGCACCCUGAUGAGCUCGCAGCAGGAGCGACGCAAGAGCAUUCAAAAAGUCCACCGGGAUCAGAAACUAAAUCGCAAGGAGCGUCGUGAGAAGCUGCGGAAGGAGCGCGAGGCGGCGCGUGGUGGGGUCUCUUGUACUGCGCGAAAAGAAGUGAUGGGAGAUGUGUGCGAAAGUUCGUCGAUUCUUAAGUUGCGACACGCCGUUAGGGAUGAUGCGGAUGACAAACUGCUUGGCUUGGCGACGCGUGCCUUUGUUUCCUUCAUUCGCGCCUACAAGGAGCAUGAGUGCCGGUACAUAUUUCAACUGCAGCUGAUCGACCUCACUGACCUGACACAUAGCUUUGCCCUCUUCAAGGUUCCCAACUGCGGUGAAAUUAAGCACAUGCAACUGCUGAGGAUUCCUUUACAGGAUGAGCUGCAGGAGGUUCUGAGGAUUGUUAAUGCGCGGACGCGCGAGCGGCAAGAGCGUAGGGCUCAGCUUAGUGGUGUGCGUCGUCCACGCGAGGAGGCGCAGGAAGGAGACGCCGCCCAGCUGGAGGGUGAGAGGGCGGAGGCGGAGCAAAGCCCCCAGAAGCGUCACCGCACGGAGCGCAAUGAGAAGUUGGAGGCUCUGAAGUUGACAAAGAUGACCCGCGGGGAGCGGAGCCGGGCGUGGAAGCAGGCAGAACUUGACGAGCUGCUGAAGGACAGCUAUUACGUGAAGAAGGAGCGGCAGGGCAAACUUAGCAGCCGCACGGUGGACGCCAUUAUGGGCGUUGACGCGCUCGAGAACGCACUGCUGAGCUCCCGUGAGCGGCAGGAGGCCAAGAGGGUCCGUCGCGGGACGAAGUAA